GGAGCAGAGGAGAAACUUGUGCUGUGUCUGAACUGUCUGAGAGUAUAGUGAAAUGGAGAGCUAUCUGGCAUAUAUUUUUGUAUCUACAUUUGUGUCACUCAUUACAGCCGACAGAGUAAAUGUGAGGCUGGUGAAUGGUGACAGUCGCUGUGCUGGUCGAGUGGAGGUUCUUCAUGAUGGUCAGUGGGGAACAGUGUGUCAUUAUUCCUGGGAUCUGACUGAUGCUGCAGUGGUGUGUAGAGAGAUGAGCUGUGGAGAGGCUUUACAAGCACCAGUAUUAUCUUACUUUGGAUGAGGAUCAGGAAAAAUCUAGAUGGAUGAAGUGCGGUGUAAUGGAUCAGAGGCUACACUGAAGGACUGUAGAUCAAGUGGAUGGGGUAAACAUUAUAGCGACUGUGCCGAUCAUAAUUAUGAUGCUGGAGUCAGAUGCUCAGAAACCAUAAGCUAUGGACGAUUUACAAGACUUGCUGAUGGACCUCACCUGUGCUCCGGGAGGUUAGAGGUUCUUUAUGGGAACACAUGGUACACAGUGUGUGACGCUGCCUUUGACCAGAAGGAUGCAGAGGUUGUAUGUAGAGAGCUGGACUGUGGGGCUCCUGUACAGGUGCUGGGAGCAGCUGCUUUUGGCAAAGGAGACGCUCAGAUGUGGACACAAGAGAUUCAGUGCAGAGGAAAUGAAUCACACAUUCGAUUGUGUCCAACUUCAAAUUACACAGAGUGCUCUCAAGACCACAACGUGGGACUGAUAUGUUCUGGUUACACUGAUCUCAGACUGGUCAAUGGUCCUGACAUCUGUUCUGGUCGAGUUGAACGUCAGUACUUCAGUAAAUGUGUGUGAUGCAUGCUGGGAUAUGAGAGCUGCCAGU